AUGGGCUAUGAACUUUCAGAAGAUGGCACUAUUCUUGUUCUAUCUAAACUUAUAGUAGCAGAUGACUUAUCAGUAAAUAAAAAUGAGGAGGAUCUUGUAUCUGAAAAUAGUAGUACAGAUAAUGAACCUGAAGAUAGUCCUCUGAAAGAAAUUUAUAUUGAACAGACAUUUACCUCCUUUGACAUACUUGAACAAUGUCUAAAACAUUAUUUAACUAGAAUAGGAUUUGAAAUGAAAAUAGUGCGAGCUGAAAACAAAAAUAAUAUUUUCGUUCAUAAGACAUAUAAAUGUAGGCAUAGUGGAAAAUACUUACCUAAGAAAAAGUUAGACCCUACCCAAAAUCAAGAUCGAGAAUCUGUUCGUAUUGAGUAUAAAUUUACUUUAAAUGCCUCAUAUCAGAAACACAUAAACCUUGUCUUUGUUAAUAAAUUUACUGAGGAUCAUAAUUAUGUAUUAAAUGAAGAAGAAUUGCAUUUGCAAUUUUUACUGUCUUUGCAUAAGAUACCUGAUAAUAUUAAAGAAGAGAUCCAGUUUUAUGUUCAGGAAUGUCAAUUAGAGUCAACUGUCUUAAAACGAAUAUUGCAAAAUAAAUUUCCUGAUCAAGAAAUUUAUAAUUGA